AUGUCUCUCAACACCCGGCUGGCUAACUAUCUCCUCGAGUUUCGCGACCAACAUGAUCCCGACAGCAACCUCUACAGGACCUACAACAAAGCAUACAACCACAUGCGACGCCAUGGAGAGCCCAUCACGAGCGUGGAGGAGGCUGGACAUGUGUUCGGAGUUGGCAAGACCAUUUUACGCAUGUUGACCAACCGACUGGAGAACGAUGGAGGCACGAAUGCUAGUGUGCCUGGUCCGUCUCGACGAGCGCCUAGAUCAUCUGAUCCACCCGACUCUUUGCUCAAUAACAGGUUUUACAACCCUUCCAUGCUUGAUUUCCUGGAUGAACUGGAGGUCCCGCUUCCGGCAUGUCACAGUCGUGGACGGGGAAAUGGUCGAGGAGCCAGAGGCGGGGUACAGGCAAGGAGGGGGAAAGGCAAACGUGGACGCACAGACGAAAGAGGAGAUGAGGAGUUGGUCGGAGGAUCUCCGACAAAGAAAAGAGCAUCGGGGUGGAGUGGAGGCAUCCCAAGGAAUGUGCGGGAGACUGUUGAUGAUUGCGCCCUCCUGGAAUACAUGGAUCCUCCACACGGUGUUCCUUCUGAUUCCUAUCCUGGCUUGGGAUUUUGGUACUUAGAUACCGACAACACCCGCGUUGCACAUUACGAGCAAGCAGAAAUCCGCAUCGUCGCCCCUUUCGUCCUGCGCAAGGUCGAACUCCCCAUAAAAUCCACUCUUCCACCUCCCGUCCCCCCGCCGUUCAAGCUUGUCUACCUCGAGGGCCAGCCGUUGUGGACGAAACCGCCUUCUAGAGUCGCAUGGGUGGAGGAGGAGCUACUACUCGAGAAAAGCUGGGAUACAUGUCCUGGGUUUGCGGAGGUGCUGCCUACCGCACCAUCGCUAGACCCAUGGGCGCCAACGUCAACCAGUAGUCAAGUGCGAAACCCUGUCCCAGACCCUGGUGCAGACGCAGAGGAUCUCGCUUCUCUGCUCGCGCAAGAACGGCGGAGUAACAUCUGCACCCUCGACCCAUCUCGUACCGGUCGCUCAAGGAUGGGAAUGGCUCCUCAGCCUAUGCCACCUCCCUCCUCUAUCGAUGGAGUAGAAUACAUGGCGGAACCACUUGAUGCAAGACGUGCUGCGGCUGAAGCUGCGGAAAAAUGGCACCAGGCGGCGGAGAUCGCUAAGAAAGCUGCAACACACUCCUGUUCUAGUCAAACCGCGAAGGACAAAAUACCGCCUCGAACCACAUCAGCUCCUAUCACGGCGCGUCCAGUGCCAGCGGCCACGAAUCUCCCUCCUCGGGCAGCUUCAGCUUCCUUCUUUCCUCAACGACGGCUGAGCGUAGCAGAGAUCCAGUUCCCUGUCUUCCGGCCUAUCGUCAUCCCAGCCAAUACAUACGACAUCCUCCUCCUCCUUGACAACCGCGAGAUCGGCCGAUAUGGUAACCACGAUGCGAUCAAGGACGGCUUAGAGAAGCUCGGCGUUCAGGUAGAACAGCGCGUCUUAGCUGUAGGCGAUGUCGUUUGGCUUGCUCGAUCGAAGAUGGAUGGAAAGGAAUGCGUGCUGAAUUGGAUUGUGGAACGGAAACGACUCGACGAUCUGUGUAUGAGCAUCAAGGACAGCCGCUUCCAAGACCAAAAGUUCCGACUGUCUCAAUCCGGGCUUUUGCAUGUCUUUUACCUCGUUGAGCACUUUGCCGCUGAACGUCUCAUGCGCGAUCACGAGCUCUUGAUCAACACUGCGCUCUCUCGUACGCAGGUCGUCGAUGAGUUUCGAGUCAGCGAGACGAGAAGCCAGCAAGAGACGGUCGAGUUCCUCGCGAACAUGCAUUCUGCAAUUCGAAUCCUCAUGGAUGGGCGAGCUCUGCACGUGCUCCCCUCAAGCGUGAUUUCAAGAGCAACAUACGUGGCUUUUCAAGCGCAUUUACGAAAGAGGGAACCCACAAUUCAGUAUCUACCCACCUGGUCUGAUUUCCAGAGUCUCAAUACCAAGAAUGCGACGCGGACGGUACAAGAAACAUGGGCACGAAUGUUGCUUUGCGUCAAGGGGUUAAGUGCGGAGCGUACGAGCAAGCUACUUGAUCACUACGGCACACCUCGCGAGAUUUGGGAGGCAUACUGCCGGUUCACAGAGUCGGGAGCUUCGCAUUCGGGUGCGAGUGGGACUUCGAGCGAUCCGGUAAGUAAGAUGAGGGGUAAGAAGCACCUCUCGGGCCCAAAGACGAUGCUGGCCGAAUUGGGUGGAGAGGGAAGGCGGAAGAUCGGAAAUGCGCUGAGCGAGAAGAUUUGGGAGGUCAUGAUGAGCAAAACCUAUUCUUAA